ACGAGUUGUUUAGCUUGGACACAAAAUGGCAGCAAAUAUGAAUAAACCUGACGAUUUUAUGAUCACUCGCCUAAAUUUGAAUAAUUUACAAGGGAAUGUUCUUCUUCCACCAUCAGAGUUUGAAAAACCUUUGGUAUCCCAUACAGAGCUGGAGGUAAUGAAGAAACAAAUCAAACAACUUGAGCAAGAAAACAAAAAGAUAAAAUUAUUACAAGAUGCUGUGCCUCAUUCGAACCAAAUUCAGGCUCUGCCCAUAGCCCUACCUCACAAUGAAUAUGCUGAUGAACUGAUCAAGAGGCAAGCAGGGGAGAUAACAGACUUGAGGGCAGAGCUAAUGAAGCUGGGCCAUGCUUACAACCAAGAAGUUAGUGACCUGGAACAAAAGAUGGACAUGAUGGCUAAUGACCAUCAGAAGGAGGUGAAGAUGUUAGAGAAACAACUGGAGAAGAAGGAAGAUGAACUGGACCAGACACUUUCCAGAUUAAGUAGUGAGCUGCAAAGAACUCAAGAAGACACAAGCAGGGAGCUUUUACAAGUGAACAAAACUUUAGAGAGCACUAGAGCCUCACUGAGUGCUAGAAUAAUGGAACUUGAGGAGACGCUGACCAGCGUGCAGAAGGAGAGGGAUAAAACUGUGGCUCAGCUGGAGUUUGACCUCAGAAAUAAAAGUCGAACAAUCAAGGAUCAAGCUCACCAGAUAGGUAAACUAAAAACUUACAUCGGUGAGACGGAACAAACCCACAAGCCAGCCCAGCUGUGGAGGGUGGAGAAGGAAACUGUAGACAACAAGUUGAAACUGGCUCUGGCAGAGAAAGAAAAACUUCAGUCUGAGCUGCAGUUAUUGGAUGUCAGGUUUAAAGCAUUGAGUCACAUUCUGGCUAUACAGGAAACAGAAUUAAGCAAAGCAAAAGAUGAAGGUCAUGGUCAGAAAAAGCAACACAGCCUUCUGGUCACUAGAUGGCGUGAGAAAGUAUUUGCACUUCUGGUCCAGCAGAAAUCAUCAGAGUUGGUUCACAGAAAUGAUUGCAACAACACCAAUCUCAAGUUGAUGAGUUUAGCCCAGCAGCUUGAUGCCAGCCAAUCUCAAGUGGAAAUGUUAAAGCUUUCUCUAACAGAAAAAUCUGCCCAACUACAAAUGGAGUUGAACAAUAAAGAGAGACUUGAGCAGGAACUGGACCAGGUCAACAAGGUGGCCGUUUGUUUGGAUGACCAGAGUCAGGACAGCCAGCGUUGUGUCAUGGCUCUUGUGGAGUUUGUACAGAGCAACCAACUACAAAUGGAAGAGAAGAUGAAAAUUCUUGAGGAGAAAUCUAAAGUUUUAAAGACAAUGUGUCAACGCAUUAGUUUUGCAACCAGUCGCAUGGAACUGUUAAAAGCUCAACUCAUGAGGAAAUCAGCUUUCAGCAUUAGCCUGGAUGAACCCAUCCAGCCCCAGUCAUCACCUGCAGAUAAAAGUGAGAACUACCUGUGUCAAGAGCUGGAGAAAGUGAUGAAAGAACGUGACCUUCUGGCGCUGCAGGUUGAGGAAGAUUCCACCAGGUGGACACAGAGACUGACAGAGUUCAAGAACUCUUAUGCUGUAGAGAGCUCAAGCCUGAAGAAAACAGUGGAGGAGCUAGAACUGGAUGUACAGCAGAAGUCUAAGAUGUGCUCUCACUUGACUGAAGAGCUCCACAUUCUAAGGGAAGAAAACCAGGAAAAGACAGAAAUUAUUGUAAAACUGAAGAAAGAUUUAGACCGACAUGCUAAAGGGCUUGAAACUGUUCUGGGAGACCAAAGACUAAAAGAUGAAGCCGUUUGGCAAGAAAAAUUGUCAGAGUUGGAAAGAAAAUUAAAUGAUUCAAAACGAGAACAUGCUAAAGCAGUCAUAUCCCUGCGCCAAAUGGAGCGCAACCAUAGACGAGAGGUUGAGAGAGCCAAAGAGCUGCUUGAGACAACAGAAAAACAUUUGAACAGCCAGUUACAGCAGCUGCAGGUCAAACUUUUAAGUACGGAGAAGGAGAGGAACAUCAUGAUGGCCACUUUAAGGCAGGAAGGUUUGAUUGGCCAAUUGAAAACAGAAAGGGGUGAACCGUACCGGUUACAAGACUCCAGCCGGUUACAGGAACCAAAUGACACAGAUCUGUAUCAGCCAGAAGAUCACAAAGAGCAUCAAGACUUCCAUGAGACAGAUCUUGAGACCUCAGAAAAUGUCUUGUUCCCCGACAAAGAUAAUCUGCAUACCAGUGUCCAGAAAAAAGAUGGUAUAGGGAAUGUUCUGGAAGACUUAAAGUCCCUGACUGCUGUCAUCUUUAGUGACGGAGAGGAAGAUGACACAUCAGAUGAACACAACUUUUAAUGUCACAUAAUGUCAUCUAGUGAAAUGUCAACAAAAAUUGUCUAUUUUUAUAAAUUAUAAAGCCAUAGUUACAGAAUGUAAAUUUUAACUGCCAUGUUUAUUUAGGGAUUUAUUUAUAAAUUAUAUGUACUUAAUUUAUUUUUUAUACAAAUGUGUCAUUUUUUUAUUACUGUUUAUAAUUCAAUAAUAAAUUAUGCAACCAC